CUUCUCGCAGGAAACAAAACAAGAUAGCCUCGGCUUGACGGCGUGCCACGAGCAGAGACCGUCCCUCGACACGACACCGCGCUUUCCCGUGGAAUGAGCAUUCCAUGCAGCAUCCUAGGUAUGAAUGACGUGGCCUGGCAGGAGACAAGAGGUGGGAUGCUGCAUGCAAAUGGUGCUCCUGAGACUGCAGGUGUGAGAGUUCACGUUGGAGGACCGCUAACCUCAGUUGUAGGAGCUGGACAGGCUCCCGGAGUUCCUCAUUUACAAGGCAUGGACCGAGUACCCAACCCCACCCCGGGGACCCCGCAGCCUCUGCUGAGUGGACGAUCUCAGGAUGACGCCACAGUUGGAUACUUCUUUCAGAGGCAGCCCGGAGAGCAGCUCGGAGGUUGCCCUCCCAGUAAACAUCGAUGGCCCACUGGAGAUGCCAAUCAUAUUGACCAGACCCGUCCUUUGGAUGAAAUGAACUAUGACUUUCAAGCACUUGCUUUGGAGUCAAGGGGCAUGGGAGAGCUCUUGCCUACAAAAAAGCUUUGGGAUUCUGAUGAGAUGGCCAAAGAUGGAAGGAAAGGGAUGCUCCUUGGGGAGGAGUGGAGGGACACUGCCUGGGGAUCAUCUCAUCAUUCAGUGUCCCAGCCAAUCAUGGUGCAGCGGCGACCAGGCCAGAGUUUCCAUGGCAAUGGCGAUGCCAAUUCUGUGCUUUCACCUCGCUCAGAAGGUGGAGGCCUGGGUGUGAGCAUGGUGGAGUACGUCCUGAGCUCCUCUCCUGGUGACAAGAUGGAUGGUCGCUACAGGAACGGGGGCUAUGGUGGAGCAGACACUGACCAAGAUGGGAGAGAGAAGAGUGAUGCUCAAGAGAAAAUCUCCCCAUUUGAAGAGGACAAGAGCCCAGAGAUGAAGGUGGGAGAGGAGAUUGAUCCGGCGAAAGCCAAUGGAAGAGGCCUAUUAAACGGCAUGGACAGAGACUGCAAAGAGUUCAAUCCAACACCUGGAAGCCGCCAAGCUUCCCCCACGGAGGCUGUGGAGAGGAUGGGCCCAAUUCAGACCGGUUUAGAGAUGAUGGUUCAGCACCACCCCCAUGCUCUCCAACAACAGAACCCCGUUCAAAACAAGCCUCCUGCUGAGGAAUUCCAGAACCAGGAGCAACAGAACAUGGGAGGUAUGGAGCAGCAGCAGCAAGCCAAUGUGGAAUCCCUUCAGUUUGACUACGCUGGGAACCAGAUUCAGGUGGACUCCUCCGGGACUCCAGUAGGAUUGUUUGACUACGCUCAGCAGCAGUUGUUCCAGAGAACUAAUCAGCUGACUGUUCAACAACUCACUGCAGCUCAGCAACAACAAUAUGCCCUGGCUGCAGCCCAGCAGCAGCAUCUUGCUGGCCUUGCUCCUGCAUAUCCUUACAUCAUUAAUGCUGGUCCUCCUGGAACCGAUCCCUACACUGCAGCCGGGCUGGCGGCCGCAGCCUCACUUGCAGGGCCCACAGUGGUUCCACCACAGUACUACGGUGUUCCAUGGGGUGUGUACCCUGCUAAUCUUUUCCAGCAACAGGCUGCAUCCAAUGCAAAUCAUUCAGCUAAUCAGCAAGCUUCCAAUCAGGGGCCAGGCCAACAACAGGUUAUGCGCACAGGAAACAACCAGCGACCUCUUACGCCCGGGCAAGGCCAGCAAAGUCAGCAAGAGUCUCUAGCGGCAGCAGCUGCCGCAAACCCUGCGCUGGCAUACGCAGGAAUGUCUGGUUAUCAGGUGCUAGCUCCUGCUGCUUACUAUGACCAGAGUGGAAAUCUGGUGAUGGGCCCCGGUGCCCGCGCUGGUCUGGGUGGACCAAUGCGUCUUGUCCAGACCCCUCUACUCAUCAACCCUGCUGCUGCUCAGGCUGCAGCGGCGGUGUCUGCAUCUGGUUCUGGAAAUGUCUGUCCUCCAGGUAACGGGCUUUAUCGCUCCAUGUCUCAAACAACAACAACACAACAGCAGCAGCAACAACAACAACAGCAGCAGCAGCAACAACAACAACAACAACAGCAGCAGCAGCAGGCUCCCCCGCCCAGCAGCGGCCUGCCCUCCAGCUCAUUCUACGGCUCUGGAUCAGUCCCCAACACUUCUCAAAGCAGCUCCCUUUUCUCACACACCUCCGCUGGUCCACCACCGACCUCCUCCCUGGGCUUCAGCAACACCGGCGGCUCUCUUGGCGUUGGCCUAGGCUCAGCUCUUGGAGCCUUCGGCUCAUCUGUGUCCAGCCCUACCAGUGGCAGUGUAACCCGCAGGGACUCUCUGUUGGCAAGCUCUGACCUGUACAAACGCGGUGGCAGCAGUUUAACUCCCAUUGGUCAGCCGUUUUACAACAGCCUUGGUUACUCCUCACCAAGCCCCAUUGGCCUUACACCAGGUCACUCCCCACUCACUCCUCCACCUUCUUUGCCCUCCUCUCAUGGAUCCUCUUCAAGCCUUCACCUCGGUGGCCUGACAAAUGGCAGCGGGCGUUACAUCUCUGCAGCACCUGGAGCUGAGGCAAAGUACCGGAGCGCUGGUAGUACAUCCAGUCUGUUCAAUUCCAGCAGCCAGCUGUUCCCUCCGUCUCGGCCCCGUUACAGUCGUUCUGAUGUCAUGCCGUCCGGACGCAGCCGCCUACUGGAAGACUUCAGAAACAACCGCUUCCCCAACCUCCAGCUCCGUGACCUUCCAGGACACAUGGUGGAGUUCUCUCAAGACCAACAUGGAUCCAGAUUUAUCCAACAGAAGCUAGAGAGGGCUACUCCUGCUGAGAGGCAGAUGGUGUUUGGAGAGAUUCUGCAGGCAGCAUACCAGCUGAUGACCGAUGUCUUUGGGAACUAUGUCAUUCAAAAGUUUUUUGAGUUUGGAAGUGCCGACCAGAAGCUGGCUUUGGCAACACGUAUUCGUGGCCACGUACUUCCCCUGGCUUUGCAGAUGUAUGGUUGUAGAGUUAUCCAGAAAGCCCUGGAGUCCAUUUCCUCAGAGCAGCAGGUAAUUAGCGACAUUGUCCGUGAGCUGGAUGGCCACGUGUUGAAGUGUGUGAAGGACCAGAACGGAAACCAUGUGGUACAGAAGUGCAUUGAGUGUGUGCAACCUCAGGCCCUCCAGUUUAUUAUCGACGCCUUCCAGGGCCAGGUGUUUGUGUUGUCCACACACCCUUACGGCUGCAGAGUGAUCCAAAGGAUUUUGGAGCACUGCACCCAGGAGCAGACUCUCCCCAUCCUGGAAGAGCUGCAUCAGCACUCUGAACAGCUGGGCCAGAAAUAUCAAGGCGUAUCAUUGGAGAUGACACCCAAAACAUAUUAUACAGUGUCCCGCGAUGCACUGUUCAAGGAUCAGUACGGUAACUACGUCAUUCAGCACGUGUUGGAGCACGGCCGACCGGAAGAUAAGAGCAAGAUAGUGGCAGAGGUUCGAGGAAAGGUUCUUGUCCUGAGCCAACACAAAUUUGCAAGUAAUGUCGUUGAGAAGUGUGUGAUCCACUCUUCGCGUGCCGAAAGAGCUCUGCUGAUCGAUGAAGUGUGCUGCCAGAAAGACGGGCCUCACAGCGCCCUGUACACAAUGAUGAAGGACCAGUAUGCCAACUAUGUUGUCCAAAGAAUGAUUGACAUGGCAGAACCCGCUCAGCGCAAAAUCAUCAUGCACAAGAUCCGGCCCCACAUCGCUACUUUGCGCAAGUACACCUACGGUAAGCACAUCCUGGCCAAGCUGGAAAAGUACUACAUGAAGAGUGGAUCUGAACUGGGUCCUAUCGGCGGCCCUGCGAAUGGCCUCAUGUAGUCACGUCCACACCCUGGGCCCCCUGAAGAAGAGGACGAGCCCCAAACCCCCUGUUCUGUGAGAGAUGCUCCUUAGCCAUAGGGCCUUCGAAACCCUCUGACAUCCCAUUUUUUAGGGGGGAAUUACCAAAAACCAUAAAAAGACAUGUCAACAUCACCUUAGAACGCUGUGACAACUGACCCCUGCCGCUCUGCCACCCCUGGUGCAGGUCCCCAGCGUGGCCCCAAGGGUAAACAAAGUAAGCAGGCCGCUUUCCUUUUUUUUUUUUUUUCUUCUCUCUCCUGGGUAAAGCACAAGCCCAUUGUUAAUGAUGUAAUUGAUGUAUUUGAAUGAUUUUCAUAUUAACUUGUACAUUUAGUUUUUUACCUUGUAAAUUCUCUGUAGAAAAAAAAAAUAAUCUUAUUACACAUUUGCUGAAAUUUACAAUUCUUACAAUUAACACCAGCAAGUGACUUUAUAAUGCUAAACUGAGAGAUCCUUUUAAAACAACAAUUCCCUUUGUUUUUGUAACAUGACUUGCGUCAACUGUUCUGAUUAAAUCUUGGAAAUUUACUAUUUGUAUAUUAUCCCAUGCACAGUUAAAAGUGUUUUCCCAUGCCAAAGCAGCUGAUGGAUUAGUUUAAAUAGCACUACAUAGUAUGGGUGGACGGUCACUCCAUCUGAAGGUAAGUACUAUGUCACGUGCCACGGUCAUUAAGGGUCUACGAGACCAGGUUGCGAGCUUGGCUUUGGGGAUUGGUGCUUUAGUCUAGGGUAGUGUCUUUUUCUUGCCUCUGUUUUCAGGCUAAGUGUGGGGGGGGGGAGGUGUGGGUCUACCCCAGCAGCUCGUCGUCCGCCUGAUGUUUUUUGGUACUAAAUAAAUAUUACAGCCUGACAAAUCAGAGCUGCUGCAUCCAAUGAGCCCCCACUUGAGCCUCCUUACUUUUCCCUCAUCCAGGUGAUCACUCGGGGGGUUUAUGCAAGAUAAAAGCGACCAUUACCCUCCAGAAGCAGAGCAUGAGGUUUGGUUGUACAGCGGGUGUGUAACCUGGUAUAAUCUUAAACAUGAGAACAACCGUAGUGGGGAGCUUCUUUCUCUCUUUUUUUUUUUUUUUGUUCCGUGGGAAUAGUGGGGUGGGAGCGGGGUAUGCGUUGGCAUGCUGUGACAGGUUUUAAUCCUUGGAAUGAUUUUUUUUUUUCUUUAUCAUGUUUUGUGUAACAUCUUAUCUGUCUUGUAGUUUUUGAGAUGAACACUGCCCUAGAAAACAGUAUCUUUAUGAACUGAAUAAUCAUCUCUUGCGUAGUAGUAGUUUAACAAUGUAUAGCAUCUUUAUGUACGAGUAAAUUGUUGCUUUUGGGCAGGGGGCUUUGCACCGACGAUGGGACCCCCACCGCCUGAAGGACGGAGUAGUGAGCAUAAAUAAUGUCGUGAAGUGAAAUGAAUUAGAACUAGUGGGACAAGUGUCAGAAAGGGAUGUUGAAAGAUUUUUUUUUUUUUUUUUUUAAAUGGUCCUUUUUGUUUUUUAAUUUGUUUCAUUUGGUUGGGGAUGCAAGUGCAUUGGUGGAGGCCGGUGGGGCCAUCGAAAGCUAUACGACUCACCUGUAAUGCUCGUAGUGAUGGCUUCUUUGCUUCAUAUGAAUAAUUGUAGAAUACAUGUAGUAUAUGUGCAGUUAAUAAGUGUAAGAUUAUUAGUUUAACUGAAAAAAAAAAACCGUGUCUAGUUGUGGUGUUGACAGGCCUUGCUCUAAAUUUGUAGUGAUGCUUUUAUUUCGUCUGUACAGUUGUACAUUUGUAAACGUUUAUGCUGUAAAUGGGAUGUCUUUUACACUUUUUGGGGGGAAAAAAGGCAAAAAAUGUGCAUUUUGAUGUGUGUAUAUUCAUCACUCCUUCCCCCCUGAAUAUAAUAUGUAUACAGUUUUAUUUGAUCAAGUGUAAUUUUUAAAAAAGGUAAAAAAAAACAACUUUAUGGCUUCACAAUCUGGCAUGGUUUUUUGUUUUUAAUCUGUUAUGGGAAAGGCCAGCCUCUAUUUGUACCAGAGCUGUAACAUCCACUGUUGAUAGUCUUUCUGAUGUGUGACAGUUUAAAUAGGAGAAUUAAGAAAAAAACACUCUGUACUAAAACUGAGGCUGCAUUAAGUCCUCUCUGCUACCAUGGAAACUUCACAGGAUAUGACAAGAAUUAUUUUUGUACAGAAGAGUGCUGUAUUUUGGAACAGCUACUACCUUGUAAGCAAAAGCAGUGUAAAAUAUUGUCAAUUAUAUAAAUAUGAACAUAUGAGUUUUGUCACACUGUCAAAGUCAUGUACAUUUUCAGGUGGCCUUAUGUACAUUUCCAGAUGUUAGAUGAAGAAAACAAACUCAUUUUUGGAAGCAGAAUUGUGACUAUGUAUGAUUAAACUGUUCUUCUAACAUUUGA